AUGAGCAAUCGAUACGUGCCCCCUGCUCAGGGCUUGGAUGAUUACUAUGCAAUCCUCCAGAUCUCACCUAGUGCAAAUCUGAACGAAAUUAAGGCAGCUUGGAGACGCCUUGCACUGGCUAAACACCCUGACAAAAACCCAUCUCCCAACGCUACUGCCGAAUUCCAACUUCUCCAAGAGGCAUACUCGACGCUUUCUGAACCGAGAACUCGCCAAGCGUACGAUGUCAAGUACCGAGAGUCCCAAAUUACCUCGGAGACCAACGACCCCCAACCUCAUUCCAAUGAGAAGAACCAAGAUGGGAACAAAGGAACUCAGUCAAUGCUCGAUAUGUAUUUCAAAAUUCAGCGAUUGAGAUCCCAGCUCAACAAGACGGGGGGAAAACUUAGAUCUGUCACUCAAUUUUACCAUGCCCUUCUGACAGAGAUACGCCGCCUGGAUGUCGAGAUUCGCGGCUUGUUGGAAGCGACGACCAUGCGGGAUGAAUCUGGAAACCCUAACUGGAAUCUGAAUUCCUCAUAUUUCGACAUGUGGAUGGAGCGAGCAGCCUACAGAACAGAGAGAGGUAUCAUUGAGUCAGAGAUGCGUCGGUACCAUGAACAAAUGUCGUCAUUGAUGUCACAAAUUACCAUGCUCUCGGCCGAAUCGAACAGGUGA